AUGGAGUGGGAAGGUUUUAUAUGCAGAAAGUUUCAAAACACACAACUUCAUGCUCUAGACGGAUGUAAAGACUUUUCUUUUCCUUUUGAAUGUGAAAGUCCUUUUUUCAUCUUCUUUACGACUUUCAUUUGUUUAUGUCGUUUUGUUAAGCCUGGAAAAGUAAGUAAUUUUAUGGUGGAUGAUAACUUGAAAGUGAAUUUCAUUUCAUUGUCAAAAGGAGCUCAAACAAGCUUUCGUUUCAGUUCUUCAUCUCUCGACUUCAAAUCGCGCACCAUCAACGUCAUUCAUAUAAAAACUUUUGUCGAAAGUUAA